AUGCCAUCUCUUUAUGACCUCAAGAAUGCCAACUUUAGGAGAAAAAUAUUUAACUCCCUGAAGACGGCAUUCUUUAUAAAUGUAAUCAAAACAACAAUUCUUAUAGUAACUUGGCUAUGUGGAGUCAUCUUAAACUCAUCUAUUGUAGCUGUGUAUCUCAGAGACUGGAAGAACGGAAUGAGCCUCGGGGAGUGUGAUCAGACCAUUCUGAUCAUGGGGUGCAACAACCUAUUCCUGCAGUGCUUUGUAACCAUCAGUGAAACAAUUAUGGUUUAUGAACUAUACAGGAAUGCAAUGUUUUAUAAAGAAUACUAUAUGGUUGGCUGUAUGUUAUUUCUAUCAGUGACUUAUAUUUCUAUGUGGCUCACUGCCUGCCUCUCCAUUUGCUAUUGCGUGAAGCUUGUCAAUAUUUCACAUAGAGUUUUUGCAAGAUUUCAAAGGGGACUCUCCUCUGCAAGCUCUGUGUUUCUGUUUGGAUCUGUGUUGAUUUCAUGCUUGAUUAAUGUUCCAUUAAUUUGGGCAAUGGAUACAGAAUUUCUGGAAAAUACCACCUUAUCAGUUGAAAAUUCGGUCUACAAACUGGAUAUUAAAUUCAUGUCAUUCAGCGUUGUCAUUGGUUGCUGUGUGCCAGUUCUUGUAACUUCUCUUUGUAUUGGACUGAGUAUGAUGUCCCUUCUGAGACAUGUCCAGAGGAUGAAGAACAAAGCUUCUCAGUCCUGGAGUCCUCAAUUGCAGAGCCAUGUGAGAACUUGCAGGACAAUGUCCUUCCUUUUGAUUCUGAACUUGAUUUUCUCCUUGACGGUUAUUAUUUUGGCCAUGGGUCUAACAAACCUCAAGGAUGUCAUUGUUAGACAUGUAUUAUACUGGUCUGUUAUUAUAACAAAUCCCUCAGCCAAAGCUAUAGUUCUGAUUUUUGGAAAUACCAAACUAAAAAUGGCCUUGUCAAAGAUCUGUUUUUGUGAGUGA